UCCACUAUAAUGGCUGACAGCACUAGUGUUUCGUUUCAAGAUGUUCCGAUUACUCAAAUCAGCUGUUUCUCAUCAGAGCGUUGGUUCAAGAUUAUUAAAAAUGAGCGCUAAAGACUUGGCCGACGUACCUUUGGUGGACAUAGAUCCUCAAGGCAUCUAUAAGUACAUUUUGAUCAAGGUCUAUGGCAAGGAAAAGUCAAAUGGCGAUGAGCCCAGCAUUAAAAUUGUUCGCGGCUAUGCUAAUUGCGAAUGGCAUGCUGAUAUAUAUGAUCGCGUGCAGGCAAUUUGUAAAAGAACUGGUCUGGAUACAGAGUGUCUGGGUGGAGGUCGGAUUGAACAUAACCCCGACAAGAAAUAUAUAAAAGUUUAUGGGCAUUCAACAGGUUUUGGUAAAGCUGAUCACUUGGAAUCAAAACGUAUUUUGCUAACCGAGUAUAAGGAUUACGAAAUUGAAACCUCCGAUGAAGGCUAUUAGUUCGAGGAGCUGCUAACUCUAUUCAGUCAUAUUUGUAAAUCUAAUUUUCAGCUAAAUCGUGUCUGAUUAAACUGUUUUGUAAACAAAGUAGUCUUGUUGAUAUUCCAU